AUGGACUUACCAGUUUCGGCGUUUGCAGUCUACAAUUCUAACAAAACUAAAAGGAAAAAAAAAUCUAAAUCGAAAAGCAAACACCCAUUACCAUCAAAAUGUAAUACAACUAUCAACGACAAUAUUAUGGUAAAAAUAAGUGCAAAACUUAAUAAAAAACAGACAAAAGAGUCAAAGAAAAAACUAAAAAAUAAAGCUAAGAAAAAAAUAUUUAAACAACUUAAAAGAAAUUCUCAAUUUAAUGGCAAAAAGAAACUUGAAACACUGCAAAUUUCUGAUAGUGAUGAUAUUCCUGAUCUUAUACCUGGACCAAUUGAAGAUGUUAUCAAUGGUUUGGAAUCAAGCACUGCUGAGUUAGAUGAAUGUUCAAAUGUAAGCAAUGCAAGUUUUGAGUUUAUGCCAGUUCAUACUGAUAGCUCAGAAGAAGCCAUUAAAAUAUUUAAAUGGAUGAUUGCACCUUACAAUGUUGAAGAAUUUCUUAAUCAAAUAUGGGAAAAGAAACCUUUACAUAUUGCCAGAGAAAAACCGUUGUAUUACAAAGAAUUGAUAUCCACACCCAUUAUAGAUACUAUGCUAAGAAAUGAAAAUAUUCAAUUUACUAAAAACAUUGAUAUUACAUCAUAUGUUGAUGGUAAAAGAGAAACACACAACCCAGAAGGAAGAGCUCAUCCUCAUUUAGUAUGGGAUUUCUACUUGAAUGGGUGUAGUAUUCGAUUAUUAAAUCCUCAAACUUAUAUCUCACACCUUCAUUUACUCAAUGCAACUUUGCAGGAGUACUUUCACUCAUUUGUUGGAGCUAAUGCAUACUUAACUCCUCCUGAUAGUCAGGGUUUUGCACCACAUUAUGAUGACAUUGAAGCUUUUAUUUUACAAACUGAGGGGAAAAAACAUUGGCGAAUCUAUAAACCUAGGGCUGAUAAUGAAUUUUUACCAAGAGUUUCCUCUAGGAACUUCACAGAUGAUGAGAUUGGUGAACCUAUUAUGGAAGUAACUUUAGAAGCUGGUGAUAUGCUCUAUUUUCCUAGAGGAUAUAUCCACCAAGGAGUAACUAUAGAUGGGCAACAUUCUCUUCAUGUUACAAUAAGCAUGUACCAAAAGCAUUCUUGGGCAGAUUUGUUUGAAAAGAUGUUACCAGCGGCAUUACAACUAGCUGUUAAUGAUAAUGUAGAACUAAGAUAUGGACUACCAUUUGAUAUUUAUGAUAAUUUUGGCUUAGUCCAUUCAGAUUGUGACACACCACGUAAGAAAGAAAUAAAAGAUAUAAUUUUUAGUUUAUUUGAUAAGUUGAAAUCACAUUUGCCUUUAGAUGAAGCUGUUGAUCAAAUGGCUAAACAUUAUCAACGAGACGCCUUGCCACCUGUAAUUACAGAUUUAGAGAAAGCAGUUACUGUGUAUGGUGAUACUGAUGUUAUGGUGGAUGAUGGAAAAGUUAUAAAUAGGGUUGAAAUAAGUCUUGAUACAAAAAUAAGGCUUCUUAGAAAAAAUAUAAUAAGAAUGGUGUCAGAAGAGAGUAUCAGAUUGUACUAUUAUGUUGAAAACUCCUUAGAGUAUCAUGGGAGUGAAUUACCAUUUUUAGAAAUAGAAGAAGACAUGGCACCUGGCAUUGAGACACUUAUAACUUCAUACCCAGAGUAUAUUACAGUGGAAAAUCUAGAUUUACAAAAUGAUACAGACAAACUGCAGAUUGCUGAUGCAUUAUGGAGUAGGGGCCUGAUAAUGACAGAAUGUCCUUUAGAAAAUAUUGAUGAUGAAUAA